AAAGCGCAGGAUACCAGCCACAAGUUGUUCACUGAAAGAUCAAAACAUGAUUCCUAGAUCCAUCCAGCAGAUGAAGUAAAGUUUACAAAUUCUCGAUAUUUUCCAACACUAUCUUGCAGUUAUCGUGAAUAAUUUCAAACGUAACAUUAAGCUGCAAGGCAGUGUUAUUAGUCGGCCAAAUUCGAAGCAAAAAAUUGCCUUGCAGGAGAAAUGGCAGGCUACGGGUCGGGGCAAGGUCUUGACCAGCAGGGAUUUUUUCAGACGCAGUACGAGGACCAACAAGGAUACGAUAUGGGCGGCGGGCAGCCGCCUCAGCAGCAGCAGCAGUGGCAACAGGAGGGAUCAUAUGGGUACGACUACAGUCAGCAAGGAUAUGGGGCACAUCCUGGUAUGAUGGGUCCCCAGACACCCUAUACAGGAGACAUCAUGACCCCUGAACCAGUUCCUGCAGGGUCAAGUGGAUAUACAGACAGCUUUGAUGAUGAGCCACCUCUCCUUGAAGAACUUGGAAUAAAUUUUGAACACAUCUACCAAAAGACACUUACUGUACUGAACCCACUGAGGGACACAGAUCCGGCAGCUAUUCACGACAGCGACUUAGCUGGACCCCUGGUGUUUGCUCUGGCAUUUGGUGGUACUCUAUUACUGGCCGGCAAAGUCCAAUUUGGGUACAUUUAUGGCAUCGGUGGGCUGGGAUGCCUGACCAUGUGGAUGCUGCUGAACUUGAUGAGCUUGACAGGUGUCGCCGUCGGUUGCAUCGUCAGUGUCCUUGGUUACUGCCUCCUCCCCAUGGUACUCCUCAAUUGCCUGGCCAUCGUUUUCCCAUUAGAGAGUCUCGUCGGCACGAUAGCAACCUUGGUUACAAUUGGUUGGUGUAGCCUCUCAGCCUCCAAGCUUUUUGUGACGGAGCUUGCUAUGGACUCCCAACAGCUCCUGGUAGCCUACCCCUGUGCUCUUCUCUACGGCGUUUUUGCUCUGUUGACUGUGUUCUAAGAAUCAUGGUAGAGGACUGGUUGCAUACACAUAGACCAACCCGCUGACCAGGACACAGAAACUAUUUCUGCAAGGGUACAUCCCCCAAUUUUCCUCUAAUCUCAGUCACACUCAUGGGCAGAUGGUAUGCAUACCUCACAGGCUGCUUUAACCCUAAAAGAGCUGGGGGGGGGGCAGAAUCCCCAGAACAUUUUUUCCGAUAUCGCCACAGUGCUUUUUUUUUCAGGAGCUGGGCCUUUGGGAGCUUUUAGAGUAACUCUUAGUGGUAAUUUUGUCACCAAUUUUGUGAAAAUUGAACAUAUCAUUCUUGCGCUGCGCACAUAUUUCUGAGACAGGACAACCAAAACUGUAUACCUUUUCUACUGCAGUGCUCAAUGCAUGUGGGCUGGCACACACGUAGCCUUAAACACUUCAAAUGAUCAUAAUAAAAUCAUGUUUGAUUGAUUACAAACUUCACAUUUGUAAUGAUAAGGAGCGUCUUUACAUGUAUGCCAAGUUUCAAAAUAAUCGCUGAAUUCCGUGGGGGGCAGAAUGCCCCCCCCAUGGGCCAAAAUAACCAGGCUCUUUGAGGGUUAACCAACAGGGGCAAGUUAGGGUGUAACCUAUAACUCCAUCGCUGACGAGUUGCUUUUUAACAACUUGCACGUGCAUAACAGUCACACUCAACUGAAGUAGAGCUGCAACUUUCUUAGUGUUAAUGGUCAAUGAUAUCUUGUAACUUUAUUUUUAUGGGUAUGAUUCGCUCUGGACUGACAAGCAAAACUGGCUAUUAAUAACCAGUGAUGCGACUAUGCCCGAGGGCCUGGUUCUGAAUGGUCAACUAGAUGGUAAAAAAACCAUCCUUCAUUUGGGCGACAUUGGUCAAACUGUAGUUAACUGUAAUUGUCGUUUUAACUUGCCCUCGGAUGUUGUGACAUACAAGAUGCACCUGUCCAGUAUAAGAGUGUGUGCACUGGUGUGCCAUUCAUAAUGUCAUCUCCUUGGAUUAUAUUACUACAACAUGGUUCACGUAGGAAGUGGGGAGUAACCGCUUCCUAGGGCUCUGUCAGAAUCUUGUGUCUAGCGUUAGGUCUAGGUCAACAUCGGUUGAAAAUACCUGAAGACAGCCUCACAACAGACAUAGCCGUAGCUCUGAAAACCCGUUUCGGAUACAGCCAAAGUCUUGGCUGAUUCAACCUCCUCGCUCAAAGUGAAGAGAACUAGCUAGAAAUCAGUCAACACGGAGGGCCCAGCACUGUUGUGCUGUCUUGUCUCCAAAAUACUGUUGCGCUGAUUUGGUUACACCCCCUACAUAUUGACAGUGCAGUUCAUUAAAUUUUACCUUUCACCUGUCAUCAUUGUAGAUGUCUGAGAGUAGUGUACCGGUGACUAUCAGAUCAAUUAUAUUCUCGUACACCUGUGGUGGAAGAAUAAGUCUGUCCUAAUCUACCUCAGCUAGCCUUGAUUGUCUAGAUAUGGGUACUUGUGGUGCAUGAGUUCAUCUUUAUUCCCGCAAGCCGUGAAUGGUGGUCAGUGAAACAGUUGCACAUGUGCAUGAGGUGUAACCAGCAUCAUGGUUUAAUAGUUUUUAGUAUCGCAAACCACAAGCCUUCUCCGUGUCCUCCAGAUGUCCUGUUCUCUUUCUCAGAAUCUACUCCCAAAAAAUGAAUGUUUUUAGACCUGAGCUUGUGAAACCUGGACAGAAUUGACAUGCUGUGUUUGCAUCUAGGCUCGUAAUUUUUGUGAGUUGUUCCAUGAGACUUUUCUUAAAGUGGUCCUUGCAAUAUGUACAUGAAGUCAGACUACAUACAGAAUGGCGGACUGACACAGAAUAAAUUGUGCACAUUUUCAGAGAGUGGGUCCCUUAAAAUUUCUCCAAUUUUACAUGAUCAGUGAGAACUUUACCUGAAGACAAAUGUUGAUUCUGUUAAUUACAUUUUGUUCUUUUCUAUUAAGGAUAUUAUUUAAAUUUUUGUAUAAAUAACAAAAUAAGGGUAUUUUUGGGCUCCCUUCUGCAUUCGGGUACCCAUUUCAUUUGUCGUUUCAACUUGCACAUACAGACGCGAAGGGCACAAAAUGGGCACUAAAGAAAGGCGCUUUAAAACUGAAAAAUAAAUUACUUUCUAAUUAAUGCUCUUUGAAACAAUGUAACUCUGCUUUUUGAAGCAAUGACUAUCAAAUGGUAUGACUCAAUUUCAUGGCCAAUGAAAUUUUAAUAAAAAGUUAUAGUUAUGAUUGAAAUUAAAAAAACGGCUUUUUCAAUCCACCCUGAGAAAGAAAGAGCACAAAAAUGACUAAAACGAAAGGAUGUGGUUGAAAGACAACCAAAUUUUCAAAUUUUCAUUAAAAAAUCUCACUUUCAAAUGCCAAAGUGAAAUUGAAAUAUUAAACCCUCAUUUGCUGGGAGCACUGAAGGCUGCGAUCGAAAUCAGUCACCUGUGGCUGGAGUAUCACAGGUAUGUAUGAUAAGUGACUGCGGGUACUAGACUGCGGCUUUCCAUCGGUGCAUGUGUUACAUUUGGACACUGCCUAUUAACAGGUGGCCAUGUGGGCCAAUAUAAAACCCUGUACCACAAAAUACAACCAAUAUGUUGUAAUUUAUGGAGUUAAAGUAUAUGAACCAUGCAAGGUUUUUGUAAAGUGUGAUCUCCAGACGCCCUUGUUGAAGGUAACUGUGCAACACGACGUCACAAUGUGCCAGCCAAAGUUUGGCCAACAAUUUUCAAAUGCCUGUAUGCACUUCAUUGUUUCCCCAAACAAUUCAUGUGUUUCUAAGACAAUUUAUUUCAUUCAGUGUUGGGGUCAGUUUUCUGUUUUUAGCAUUGCGUGCUUCACGGAAAAUCAAGCCAACAAAAGUACCUGUGAGUUUAGGGAAAAGAAAAUAUAAGGCCUGAAAUGUAUCCUAUUAUAUUUGUUUGAUAAUCACCAUUGAAACUUUGUUUUUGAAAUAAAUAUAUGCAUUAAAAUGCGUAUACUGUAAAAUAUUUGACUUUCAUCAUUUUGCAGUGGGGAAUGUGAUAGUUGCAUGUGGUAAGAAAACCUUGGGUUUUAUAAACAAAACAAAAUGGAGACACGAAGUGAAAAUAAAAUCUUCCAAUGAAUUCUCCUGACAGGAAGUGUCAAGGUUA